AUGGUUGAUUCGAGCGCGGGAGGGAAGAUGAGCGCGCACGGCGGCGGCGGCGGCGGGAGAACGCGGGUGGGGAGGUACGAGCUGGGGAGGACGCUGGGGGAAGGGACGUUCGCCAAGGUCAAGUUCGCCAGGAACGUCGAGACCGGCGAGAAUGUCGCCAUCAAGAUCCUCGACAAGGACAAGGUCCUCAAGCACAAGAUGAUCGCGCAGAUAAAGCGCGAGAUCUCCACCAUGAAGCUCAUCAGGCACCCCAACGUCAUCCGCAUGUACGAGGUGAUGGCCAGCAGGACAAAGAUAUACAUAGUCAUGGAGCUUGUCACAGGUGGCGAACUUUUCGACAAAAUCGCUUCGCGUGGGAGGCUCAAAGAGGACGACGCCAGGAAAUAUUUCCAGCAGCUCAUCAACGCUGUCGACUACUGCCAUAGCAGAGGUGUCUAUCACCGUGAUCUCAAGCCUGAAAAUCUUCUGCUUGAUGCUAACGGUACUCUCAAGGUGUCCGAUUUUGGACUCAGCGCCCUAUCGCAGCAAGUCAGAGAGGACGGGCUGUUGCAUACGACUUGUGGAACUCCCAAUUAUGUUGCUCCCGAGGUUAUAAACAACAAAGGUUAUGACGGAGCCAAGGCUGAUCUGUGGUCAUGUGGGGUGAUUCUCUUUGUCCUCAUGGCAGGCUACCUUCCGUUUGAAGAUUCAAAUCUCAUGGCGCUUUACAAGAAGAUAUACAAAGCAGACUUCAGUUGCCCAUCUUGGUUCUCGACGAGCGCGAAGAAGCUCAUCAAGAAGAUACUAGAUCCUAAUCCUAACACUAGAAUAACUAUUGCUGAGGUUAUUAACAAUGAGUGGUUCAAGAAAGGAUAUCAGCCUCCUAGGUUUGAGACAGCAGAAGUUAAUCUGGAUGACAUUAACUCUAUUUUCAACGAAUCUGGGGACCCAGCACAGCUUGUUGUCGAGAGACGUGAAGAAAGACCGGCAGUGAUGAAUGCAUUCGAGUUGAUCUCUACCUCCCAGGGCCUCAAUCUUGGCACACUUUUUGAGAAGCAAACGGAUUCUGUUAAACGUGAAACACGGUUUGCGUCGAGGCUUCCAGCAAACGAAAUAUUGUCGAAAAUUGAAGCAGCAGCAGGACCCAUGGGCUUCAAUGUACAGAAGCGCAACUACAAGCUCAAGUUGCAAGGAGAGAAUCCUGGAAGGAAAGGUCAGCUGGCAAUUGCAACAGAGGUUUUUGAAGUGACACCCUCACUCUACAUGGUGGAGCUCCGCAAGUCGAAUGGCGAUACCCUCGAAUUCCACAAGUUUUACCAUAGUAUCUCGAAUGGCCUGAAGGACGUCAUGUGGAAGCCAGAGGGUAGCAUAGCCGAAGGUGACGAGACCCGGCACCGGAGGUCUCCGUGA